UGGCAUUUUAUUAAAGUCAAAAGAGAGAUGGAGAAAUGAAAUGCGUGCACCAAAAUCCUCAUCUUCUUGUAGUUCAAAAUAUUCCAUCAUUACAGUCUCUAAUAAAUUUGGAAAAUAAAAACGAAAAAAAUUCCGAAACAACUCUGUAAAAUGGUUUUCAGGAAAUUCUUGCGUUAUAUGGGAUUGGCAAAGCAGCCUACACAGCCUACCCUUCCUAUUGAUUGCAGUAGCAAUUCACCCAGAGUCAGGCUCAGUGAUGGAAGAUUUUUGGCUUACAGGGAAAGAGGAGUCCCCAAGAGCAAGUCCAAUUUUAGGGUUAUUAUUGUUCAUGGAUUUGGAAGUUCUAAAGAGAUGAAUUUCGAGGCAUCCCAGGAACUACUGGAGGAGUUGAGAAUAUAUCUUGUGAUGUAUGAUAGAGCUGGAUAUGGAGAAAGUGAUCCAAAUCCUAUGAGAUCAUUAAAAAGUGAAGCAUCUGAUAUUGAGGAACUAGUUGAUAAAUUACAAUUAGGACCUAAAGUCUAUGUUAUCGGAGUUUCACUAGGAUGUUACCCUGCCUGGAGUUGCCUUAGACGCAUACCAAACAGGCUAGAAGGCAUUGCUCUUGUAGUUCCGUAUAUAAAUUAUAAAUGGUCUUCUCUACCUAGUGAUUUGGUAAAGGAUGAUUAUAGGAAGGGCCUUUUGCGCUGGAUGUUCCGUGUUGCACGCUAUACUCCCAGAUUAUUACACUGGUGGGUGACUCAGAAAUUGUUUCCAUCAUCUACUGCCCUUGAACAAAACCAUGCAUUUUACAGUGACAAAGACCUAGAGGUAUUGAAGAAAACACCAGGCUACCAAUUGUUUACUCAGAAAAGGCUAAGGAAACGAAGUGUGUUCGACUCCCUACGGCUGGACUUUAUGGUGGCUUUUGGAAAGUGGGAUUUUGAUCCGAUGGAUCUGCCCAAUCCAUACCCUCAAAAGGAAAGCCGCGUUCACAUCUGGCAAGGUUACGAAGACAAAGUUGUGCCAGUUCAAUUACAAAGAUUUGUCUCCCAAAAGUUACCUUGGAUAAGGUAUCAUGAAGUUCCUGAUGGAGGGCAUUUACUUGUCUAUGAUGGUGCAGUUUGUGAAGCCAUUUUGAGGUCUCUUUUGCUUGGAGAAGAUUCUCCACUAUACAUCCCUAAAUUAGAUAGCUAGUGCACCUUUGUUAAACACUAUUAGAUAGAAUUGUAUUUUAUUCAUCAUUUUUUUUGUGCUAUACUGUACUAUCCAGCGCUUGCUAUUAGUUGCUUGCUUCAUUCUUGUCAUCCAAUUGAUGAUCUUGUAAAUAGUUUGUUUACUAGAGAUUGGAUAUAAGUGUGACAUUAAAUGAUCGAGAAAACUUCCUGAUUGAAAUGAAAUGAUUGUUGCUAUC